AUGGAGAAUUACUCGGAUGACACUAUGGAGCUCUUCCCAUAUGAUACCAUAACUGAAUAUGAGUUCGCUGACAUGGUUUCGGAUCCUGACUCGAAAUCUGCUGUAGACGAUAUCCAUAAUUGGUUGUAUAGGGCUUCACUGGAAGUAUGUGAAAUUCCGACGAAUAGAAAAGAAUGGUUGAUUUCAGACGCAUCAUCAUCACGUCUUAGAUCUCCUCGUUUAUUCGAAUUCUUGUUGCUUCUCGUUGCAAAACCACAUUAUGAAUCCUAUGCUUCAUUCACUGAUCGAAGCAAAGGAAUCUUUCAGAUACAUCAACCUGAGAAAGUAGCUGCACUCUGGCAAGCAGUCAAAAGUCGACAAUCGAAUCAAAAGAUGACCUACGAUAAAUUUGCUCGAGCAAUACGGUGGUACUACAAGUCGAAUAUCAUGCAGAAAACCAACACUCGUUACACCUUUCAAUUCUCAUCGGAAACCUUGAGAAAGUCGCCCGUCGAUGAGAACAACAAUGGUACAGAGAGAUUUUCAAUAUAA